GGUUGGUCACGCAGCCUAGCAACGAUGAGCGAAGGUGGAUCGAUGUCGCGGGAUGAGUUUGUCAAGGCGCUGGCCGUGGCGCUGGCGGCGAACGACGUCCGGGACGCUCCGACGUCAGGAGAGAUGGCACGAACUGCCUACGACGCGCUGCAGUUUGACUUUCCACAGACGUCGCCGAGUGAACUGAAGGCGUUGGCAACCCACCUGCGCAACGAUCCGCUGACGUAUCCACUCACGUACAUGCUACUGCGCAACGUGUUGGAACUAGCCCACGGCACAGAUGCCAUCAGUAGCUCCGCCGCUACGGUGUUGGCGCAGUGUUUGUUCCUUCCGUUUCAAUCGCCCCAUCACCUCGACCAUUUCCACUGGCCGAGACACAACACUGUACACGAGAAGCUUCUCUUCAUCUGCUACCGCACGACGUACGCGCCGCUGUCGUCGUUGUCGCUGGACGAAUGGAACCAUCUGCAAUGCACCGACCUCUGCUGCUCCAUCGCGGCAACGCUCCUCCAUUAUCCCAAGAUCGAUCCCACGGCUGUCCUACUUCAAAUGGAAUGGAUGCGCUACAUGUACUUGCUACGGGACCGCAUAUUGCAAUACCCCGUGGCCUGCGCCAGCCUUCUCCACAAAAUUCUACUCUUCUUCCAUGCUCCUAAUAACGAGCAAGCCAUUGACGCGAGCGGCGCAUCCACUGCGCUACUUCGUCUGUUGCUCGAUAUUGCCUCUUCCAACGAGCUCAAACAAGCUGCCAUGGCCAAGUCCUCCAUCAUUAGCUUUCUGCGAUCUGCAAUGCCAAAGCUGGCGAGUCAAGGCAUGGCGGCGGUGGCAUCAUCUUGCGCUCUAGACGACGUGGAAGUGCAUGCGCAGCUGUGGACAUGGGCCGUCUUAGAAGACCCGUUGGGGGUGGUACCCCUGCUAGAAGACCGCGGGGUGCUGCGGGCGUUCGCUGGGUUUGUCAUGGCCACCACCCGCGAUUCCCCCCACGGAGCCCUCAAGCAUGCUGUUCGGCUGCUUGUAUUGAGCAUGCUGUUCCGGCCGUCCUUUGCAGCUUAUGUCCACGGCAUUCCGAGCAUGGCGGAGCUGUGCCCAUGGCUUACCACGUCAUCGUACUCGGCCGAGUGCACGCUCUGGUCCAUGGCUUACCCGACCACGGCCAAGUCGUUUUUCACUGCGUUUCUAGCGCUGUUUCCAGUCGAAUGCGUCGAUGGGAUAGCGGCCAUCACUGCCAUGCACGAAGCCGUGUUUGUGUUGGAAGUACUCGUCAAGAUGCGAUCCCAGUAUAGUUGGAUAGCGUGGCCGCAUAAAUCCAACCUCUUGACGACGUUGCAAACUCUGUUGCCGACACUCAACUCGUUGUUUCAGUGUCCCCCCAAGCAAGAUGUAACAGCAGACGACGACGACAAUAGCAGCAGAUCCAUCACGACGUCGUCGCGCCAAUCGAUCCAGUUGGUGCAUCGCAUGCGAGUGGCCAUCAAGCAACUGGCUGCCACCAUAGCCCACUCGCACGGAGACGGCGCCAAGUUGGACUAAAUAACUCGAUAAGACAGCCCUUUGUUUGUGAUUUUGCCCGACUAGAUGAUUGUGGUAGGCAGUUCAAACAACGCAAUAAACUCGACCGCCGCCUCGAGCAUGGUCGAGUAGUACCCGACCUCGCCCAUCGACACGGACGAGAUCAUGGUCUCACUCACAAGGCGCCGCGUGAGCAGCACCUGCCGCAGCCGACUCUGGCACACGACGUAGAUGAAGAUGGGCAAAAAGUCGUCGGCGGCCAACUGAUGCGCGACGUCGUGCUCCAUCGCGUGGAGUGUGUAGAUGCUCUUGGCUGCUUCGAUCAGCGCCUUGCCUUUUUCAAACGGCAGAGAAUACUUGUCCAUUUGGUUGAGCUGGACAAUCGCUGCCUUCCACUUGGAUGGGGAUCUACAAAUAUAUAUAUAUGGUGAAACACGGCCCUAGAG